AUGCUUCCGACGGUGGAAGAAAGUCGGGGCUACGAUUUUCAGGACCCAGAGAAUGUGGAUAAAUGGAAAGGUCUCUUCCUCAAUUCAUUCAAAAAGAUCUUAGAGAACCUACAUCCAACAUUAACAGCUGAAGAAAGUGGUCUAGAAUUUGUGGAGUCAUUAUGUCUUCGCUUGCUGUCUAUGCUUUGUGCCAUACCGGCUCCUGUCACAAUUCAGGAUGUAGAAGAAAGAGUGUCUCGAACUUUUCCAACUCCUCUAGACAGAUGGGCACUGCAAGAGGCAAGAGAUGUACAAAAGAAAAGAAAGUUGCUACUGCCCGCUGAUAAGUUGCAUCAGCUCUUGCAAAAGGAGGUCCUGCCACACAAAAUUGACCCUUCAGUAACGGGUUUCAUGAUAGGAAUACUGGAGUAUAUAAGCACAGAUGUGUUGAGACUCUCUGGAACAUUUGUUAAGAAGAUCUCACAGAAGUCUGGAUAUCUUGUUAUUACUAGCAGCGAUAUAAAGACAGCUAUGUGUGCUGAUAAGCUUCUAAUGGACAUGUUCUACCAAGAAUCUGAACUGGCUGGUGUAGCAGCAGGUGUAUCAGCUCUUGACAGGGGUCGGAGAGCCUCCCUUACAUAUGGAGAGUUGGUGAGAGAUCUUUUGGCUGAUGAGAGAAACUUCCUGCGCGAUCUCAACCUUAUCAUCAGGGUAUUCAAGGACGAGAUAGAGAAGAUCAUCUCUGAUACAUGGAAGAUAUCGCUAAUAUUUGGUAACAUAGUGGAUAUUUAUGAGCUUACUGUCACCUUGCUUGGGAACUUGGAAGAUGCGAUGGAAAUGUCUCAGGAUUCACCGCAACCAUAUAUCGGAAGUUGUUUUGAAGAAUUAGCUGAAGUGGAAGAGUUCCGUGCGUACGUUCGAUAUGCAAAUAUUGUCACGAGAAAAGAGUCGAGGGAUGCCUUGCAAGAAAUCGUUGACAACCCUGAGUACUCCGAGCGUCUUGAUACAGCGGGUCACGGUUUUCGACUAGCGGUGAAAUACUAUCUACCGAAGUUGUUAUUAACGCCCGUUUCUCACGUGUUCCUGUAUCAUAGUUACGUGUUGGCGUUGCUACAGAUAGCACCCACUAGUGACGAUAGGGAGAGCUUUAAACAGGUCGAAUGCAAUUUACAUCCCAUUAAAAAGUUAUUGACGAAGGCAUUAGGGAAUGGCCCUAAAAUUGAUACAGCAAUCCGAGGCGCGGCUAGAGCGAGACGGCAGCUCGCGAUUGAAAAGUGCAACGAGCUUGGGAAAUUAAUAGAUAAUUGGGAUACGAAAGAUGUGCCACAGUGCUGCAAUGAAUUUAUUAGAGAGGAUACGCUAUCAAAACUAGGCCCUGGAAAACGAGUUGCGGAAAGACGGGCGUUCCUAUUUGACGGUCUACUUCUUCUCUGUAAGCCGUCUACUAGCAUAGUCAGCGUAACUGUAAAUAGUAAUGCUGCAUCCGGUGGCCCUCAACAACUGAAGUUAAAAGAAAAGCUUCAUAUUAGAAAACUAGAAAUUGUCGAUAAAAUUGACUGUGAAGAGGGCCGUAACCUAAUGGAACUAACACCCCGGAUCGGAGGACCAAUAGUUCUUUCGGCUGCUUCAGCCGCCGAAAAAAGAAAUUGGAUGUGCGACCUCGUCAUGCUGAACACCAAGCCAAUGCUUGAUAGGAGUUUGGACAGCAUAUUACUAGAACUAGAAAGGCGGCAUCCCCUAAAACUACCACCGGUGUCGUUAUAUCGCUUCGCGGAACCCGACUCGCCUGAUAAUAUAGUGUUGGAAGAACGGGCGGGACCUACCCCUCUUAUAAAGGGAGCCACCCUCUUAAAACUCGUAGAACGACUAACAUACCACAUCUACGCGGAUUUGAACCUCGUGCGAACAUUCCUAACCACCUACCGCUCAUUCUGCUCACCGGCCGAGCUGCUCGACCUGCUCAUUGAGCGGUUUCAUAUUCCGGAGCCGAGCGAGGUCUACGAUACACCCAGAACCUCUGAAUGCGUAGAAGAAAUGUCAGCGAGUAGCGAUGCUGAGAAGCUUAGUAAGAAUACGGCGCGGGAAGAUUGGAAGAGAUAUCGGAAAGAGUUCCAACAACCUGUCAAAUUUCGAGUUAUCAACGUACUAAGACACUGGGUGGACCAACAUUUCUACGACUUUGAACGUGACCCAGCAUUGCUCGAAAAAUUAAAGGAUUUUUUGGAGUCGGUUGAUGGGAAACCUAUGAAGAAAUGGGUGCAGAGUGUACUCAAGAUUGUACAGAGAAAGAGUUUCACCGGCGGCGAUACAGACAGCCUAGCAGGGGGCGUGGCACAUGUAUUCGAUCGUCUGCCACCUGCCACAUGCAAACACGUGGCAGACCCAGACAGAUACAACUGGCAUCCUCUUGCCUUACAUCCGUUGGAAAUGGCCAGACAACUCACGCUGCUCGAGUUUCAGUUGUAUAAACAGGUUAAACCAUCAGAGUUAGUUGGUGCUGUGUGGACAAAGAAAGAUAAAGAAAAAACAAGCCCCAAUCUAUUGAAGAUUAUUAAACACACAACAAAUUUCACUCGAUGGAUGGAAAAAUGGGUUGUAGAAAGCGAAAAUGGGGAUGAACGUGCUGGGGUGAUAGCAAGGUUUCUAGAACUGGCUGUUUGUCUUCGGGACCUGAAUAACUUUAAUGGUGUUUUGGCUGUGGUCGCUGCCUGUGGAAGUGCCAGCGUUCAUAGAUUGAGGAAUACAUUUCAGCUGGUGCCUCUCCGUCUCCUUCGGGCUCUAGAACAAUUUCGCGCUUUGAACUCUGACCACUUUAAACGCUACCAAGAAAGGCUUCGCAGUAUUAAUCCUCCAUGUGUGCCCUUUUGCGGGAUCUACCUCACGAACAUUCUGCAUAUUGAGGAGGGGAAUCUUGAUUACCUACCAAACUCGCAAUUAAUAAACUUUUCGAAGAGGAGAAAAGUAGCGGAAAUCACCGGUGAAAUUCAACAGUAUCAGAACCAGCCAUAUUGUCUCACCAUCGAACCUAGGACAAGGACGUUUCUCGAAACGUUGGACCCGUUUCCGGGUAUGGACGACAAUGAAGUGACCAACUACCUCUACAAUAAAAGUUUGGAAAUUGAACCCAGACCGCCCACGAAGCCUACGCCCAAAUUUCCUAGAAAAUACCCGGAGCUUUCGGUGAAGCCGGUGAAGAUUCGUCGUUCAACGGAACAUCACCAGUCUUCUUCUAAUAUAUCCAGCAAUGAGGAUACGCUGAGUGUAGCCCAACUAUCACCAACAAGUAUGUGUACAUGGGAUGGCGCGUCUCUCGCUUCUUUACCUAUACAUCAGGACGAUAGAGGUGAUAGAUCUCUAACGAGUCCCCGGCUAGAGCGUUCAAGUUCCAGCUCAUUGGCCCAACUUGGCCAACUGAGUUUGUUUGACAAACUUGCGUUUUUUGACAAGAGCAAGUCAGUCGCUACACUUAAUAGCACCAGGAGCAGUAUGUCAGCGCGAGAUGAACCACCCUCGCCCAGAGAUAAUCAUUCGCCGCGGCAUGACCGAUGUAACAGCACAAGUUGUGUCUCCAAUAUGACAUCGAGUAUGGGGACUGUUCGGUCUAGGGGAGCGGCGUUGUCCCCUCGCGGGGCUAUUGUAGACGCGGAACUGUUCUACUCCCGAAGUAUGGACCACUUGGCUUGCAAGCGGAAUGAACAGGAACGAGUCCCACCCUUACUACCUCGUCACAGCGCCUUAAGUUCCACUACUUCGCUGGCAGACCACGAACCGCCGCCCCCACCACCUCACCACCACUUGCAUUCUAUAGGUACAUCAGAUACGCCGGAUAUUGAUAAACCACUUCCCAGUCCGAAAAAUCCUGAGUUAUUUAGAAGUCCGGCGAUGUCUCCCAAACGUUCUCCCGCACCUCCACCUCCAGGCCUUCUUAACGCGAGCCCGCUCCAUUUAGAUAGGCCUCCUACGUUCAGUUUCCCUUCAGCCACAUCUCCAUCAUCACUACAGCAGUCAUGCGAAUCCAGUUCGUGUGGGACUCCGCCACCUCUCCCUCCACGGAGAAGACGAGACUCAGCCGCCACGCCCACUUUGCAUCAUGGAUCCUGGCAGGACAGUUCCCCUUCAGCGGCAGGCAACAGCCCGCCCCCCUUGCCCCCUCGACCACCACCCGCCCCAGAACUGCUUAGGCCUCAGAGCUCCGCCCUACUGCAAAGGAGACAUCACAGCGCUGGGCUUGCCCCCAGACUUCCACCGAAACCUCCACCGCCGGCCGUGGCGCCUCGCACCUAG